AUGGUGGGAUCAGGUUCUGCAGGUGGAGAUUUACGAACUCCACAGUUUAAUGGUGCAAACUAUGAUUUUUGGUCAGUAAAAAUGGAGACUAUUCUCAUAGCAUAUGAUCUAUGGGACGCAGUAGAGAUUGGAGUACAUCCACAGCUGAUUAUUGAGGAGGAAAAAGGCUCUGAAGUUGAAGAAGGUGAGACUGUGCAAAUCCCAGUGGAAGCACCUACUAUCUCCAAAGAAGAUAAGAUCAAAAAUGCCAAGGCUUUGAGCCUUAUUCAAGGAGCACUAACAGAUGAACUCUUUCCUCGCAUCAGAAAUGAGAAGACUGCAAAAGGUGUUUGGGAAAUUCUGAGAAGAGAGUUCAGAGGAGAUAAAAAGGUAAUAGCUGUGAAAUUACAAGCUAUUAGAGCUGAUUUUGAAUACUUGAGAAUGAAUGAUGUUGACUCUCUGGAUGACUACUUGGCUCGAUUUUUUGAAAUUGUAAACAACCUGAAAUCUCUAGGAGAAGAUGUAACAAAGAAAAGGAUUGUCCAAAAAUUGUUGAUGAGUAUAAGUAGGAGGUACAAGUCCAUAGUGUCAAUCAUUGAAGAAACCAGAGACCUUGAAACUAUUAGAGUUGAAGAAAUUCUUGCAUCUGUCAAAGUCUAUGAUAAGAGAGAAGAUUUGCAUGAUGAAAGGGAUAAGUUGGCAAGAACUAAGAAAGCUUUUAGCAGUCUCAGAGUUGGAAAUAAUCAAGCUUCUGGAGCUAACAAAAGUUCUCAGGGAAAGCCAAAUGAAAAAUGGCAAGGACAAAACAAAAAGGGUUCAAAUUGGUCUCAAGGUGGAAACUUUAACAACAAUAAUGGCUCUGGAGGGAAUUGGAACAACAAUUUCAAUUCACAAAACAAGCAAGGAAGUAGCAGUCAAGGUGGUGUGAAACCACAGUGCCAAGUGUGCCAGAAAUACCAUUUUGGUAUAUGCAGAUAUAAAGGAAAACCCAAGUGUGGCAAGUGCAGUCGAUUUGGUCAUUUAACUAAGGACUGUGAAUGGUAA